AUGGCACCGGCCCUUUAUCCUUCUUCUGCCAAGAGAGUGAAGUCGUCGUUGCUCUGUGAAACCAGCCUCACGUCCCAGAUUUCUAUCACUCCAAAGCGCCCCCAUCCCCGCAAGUUGGAUGAGUCCAAUCAGACCAGCCCAUUAAGCCAAACGGAUCCAGAUGGCACCGGCCCUUUAUCCUUCUUUUGCCAAGAGAGUGAAGUCGUGGCAGAACUUCAACAAGCGUCAGCUUGUAAAGAGGUUGAUACUGAUGGAGGAACUGUCUUCAAGUUUAAAGAAACUGUGGAAUCAAUGGGAGCUGCAGACGUUGGUUUUGCUUAG